CCGGGCAUCACUGUAGGUGACGCUUUUCCCUAGAUACUCCAAUCACCGCUAAUGGUCAGUGGUAAUACCCGAGGGUAAGUUAAUUGAGAUAACACUUUACAUUUAUUAAUUAAGGUGUAAACAAUAAUUAGAUGGCAUACAAUUAUUUUGAUAAGCUAGACAGUGUGGCACAAGGUCGUUAUAGUACCAAAUUAGUGUUAAUUAACAGUGAUGAAUGUCCAUACAAGUUCCCUGCAGGUGUUUGGAAAAAUAACCCAUCUUGUUGGCCAGAUCUCCAGUUUGGAGAUGUGUAUUCAUAUUUAAUUGACUCGCCAGGCAUUUUUACCCGAGCAAGUAUGAAAUCCUAUAAGAGUUUGGAUGCCCACAACUAUUUUCAGUCAGGAUGGGUUCAGACAGUUUACAGCUAUAAGCCUGCCACCAGUGCAUACACUAUACUGAAAGCAGAUGUUAGGCCUUCACAAAGACUGAACGAGGAACCUCAUCACCCAUGGGUUGCCCUCUCUGGAGAUGGUUCAGUAGCCGUGGCUCACUGCAAUUGCAUGGCAGGGCUUGCAGAAUCAUGUUCCCAUAUUGCAGCCCUUCUCUUCAAAGUAGAAGCCGCUGUGAGACUGGGAUAUACCACUAAACUUUGCACUGGGCUACCAUGCAAGUGGAAUGCUGAUUUCGUUAAAAAGGUACAGCCUGCGCCCGUAAAAUACAUUCAAUUCUAUAAAACCAGCUGUAUAAACAAAGCAAAGAAGGUAAAAGUUCGACAUUUGUCAUCAACCCAACAAGAACAACAGACUCUUCUUCAAACUUUGCAUGCUUGUAACAGCAAACCUGUGGUUUUAAGUACAUUUGACCUUCUCUGA